UGACGUAAUUGCGUCGUCCCCGAAAAAGUCGUGAAUUAGCAGGAUAGCGGUGCUUGUGGACCGAAACAGGAACCGAAACUACAAAGUUCACGCAGCGUGAUUGUUCGAUCCAAUUAGUUUGGCUCAGUGCAAACUUCGAAAAGUGUGAGCGCAACAAACGCUUCAAUCUAUGAGAAUUUUUUUUGUUGCAGAAAGAUAAUGCGAGCUGAUAGCGAAAAGAAAGAUUAAUCAACCGAUCCACAGCAAUCCAUGCCAUUCCGUGCUGUCCGCCGUUUCUGUAGUUUCUGAUGGUUUCUGUGGUCCGUGCACAGGGAAACAUACUUAUAGUCCGUGGUCUUGCUAUUCUUAUGGUGUUGUUCCGUGCUUUCAUGAGCUGUCCUGUGACGACACUCCUUGCUUCAGGAUCGUAGCCAUGGAGGAUCGUAGCGUCCGUGGCGUUCCGUGACAGCUCUGUUUCAGGGUCGACGUUUUUUCAGUGGGGGGCGUUCCCCGUGUAACUGUCCUUCGUCAUUUGAUUUGACGUGAUGUAAGUAGUCGCUCUUUGUAGUCACGCGCUGUCGCAGAGGGAGUCGCUGCAGACACCCUCCAACGCAAUGGAGCAGGGUACGGCGGCGAUAACCUGCAACAUAAGGGGUUGCCCCUAACGAAUUCAGACUGAGCGACCCAUCGCAUAUGCUGUACGUUUGCACUGCGGACGACAUCCAGUGCAAGGAAUGGCUCGCUGUGAUACCCGAAGUCUCACUUAGACACGUGGACGACAAACUGUGUUUGUGUUCGCUGCACUUUGACGGUGGAGUGAAUGUCAGCGGCGACGCCACGCCGACCAUCUUUCCGCCCGUGCCUGGUCUGAGUACAAGCGAACCACAACAACAGAGCAAGACGCACGGCGGGGAACAAGCUAUGAUCGGGCCGGCGACAACGAUCAAACAGGAACUAGUUGACUUUGAGGAUGGUUCACUGCGAGCCUCAACAGACCUCUCGGAGAGGCAUGCCCAGACCGCAGCAUUUGAUUCUGUGAUUGCGGAGGUAGUCGGUAUCCGGAAGGCCAUGGAGCGGAUGGCAGACGCACAAGAGCUUAUUGCAUCAUUGGUUGCAGCACGCUGUGGGUUGACAUAGUGUUUUUGUAUUUUUCUGGUGUUUGGCUUUGUUUUUUUAUCAAGUGGUAAGUGAUUUCAACUUUAGUACUUCCAAUAUGUAUGUACUUUAUUCCACGUUUCUUAUUCUCUCACAAUUUUCUUUCUUUUCAUUGUUGCAUGUCUGCUUUUCUGUUUGCCACAUAGAUGAUUUUUUUCUUUUUCGCCCAUGCAUUCCUUUCAAAUUCUGACUUUUUUUUUUUACACCAGCGAUAUUGUGCUUUGUAUUUAUCAUGUAUCAUUAUAUUUCCAGUUAUUUAGCUGGAAUAUAUAUGCCUCUAUGUUUAUGUGCAUAUACCUCCCAUGAUUACUUUUUUAAAAGGCCUGUGGCAGUACAGCUGGUGUGAUAUCUUUGCUCUUUGACCAGUUUUAGGCAUCUUACAAUUUUUAACACACUUAUAGAGUGCAUGUAUUCAAAUAAUCUUUUUGUGAGUCAAGAUGAAGCAUGCUUAAAUUUGCAUGCAUGAAGUUGUUUUAAGAUGGAAAGUUCUUAACCUAGCACCACAGAAAGCUGGGCAAACAGAUUUUUUUUAAUAAUUGUGAAGCUUGGUUUUCUGCUAAUGGUACGCAGUCAUUUUUUUUUUUUGUAAAGAGCGCAUGCGAGCACAGUUUGCUUGUCUGUGUAUGACAUUUAAAAUAUAGACGUUGGUCUCACGAUGAAACCAUACGUGAGAUACAAGUACCAGCAUGUGCAGCUAACAUUUCUUUAUUUAAACCAUAACUGGUGUUGCCAUUAGUUAGGCAAAUGUGCAUUGCAGAGAAGCGCAUUUGCCAAUUAGGAAAAGGGUCCAUAUUGGGCAAGGAUGGGUCACAUUGGCCCUACAUUGAUUGGCUGCCAUUGACCCUAAAUUUUCACUACUUGGGUAUGCGAGUCACGAACAUUCAAUUCAUUGUAUUGCAUCCUGUCAAUCCACUGUCCUUGUGCUAGCAAAUUUUCUAUCCUGUUACUGCAAAAAUGAUCCAAAUGCUUUCUUUCAGGUUGCAAAUUUCACAUACGUCAUAAUACUAUUUGUGGUAUUACUAGUGAGCCACUAUUUCUUUAGGCAGGCAUGAAAUCCUAUUGCACAGACUUCUUCAAGUGUCAUCUGGUCGGUGGCAUUGUUAUGUCAAAGGUGCUGAAACUCUCUCUCUCUCUCUUAGGAAUAGUUGGGAGUCAUUAAACUUGCCAUUUGUUUGACAUGCUUUCUACAAAGUUCAAUAAGCCAAACAAAUUUUUCUGAAAGCCUUUGUCAGCUUAGAAAAUGUUCACUGUUUUCAUGAUACAGCAAAUACAAGUGACUUACUUUAUUAAAAAAAAAAACAAAAAAUACAGUGCCAGUUAUGAAAUGAUGUUUUCAGCAGUAAGGUUAAUCUAAAGGCA